GACGGCGCCCUGCCCGCCCCGCUGCUGGCCGCACUGCGGGGAGCGCUGGGGCCGGGGGGGCGGUUCUGGCGGGAGCACGGGUACGGCCGCGUGGGCUACUUCUCCUACAUGCAUGAGCUGGGCUCCCCCGCCCUCAGCGCCAUCCACCAGGCCGCCACCCUGCUUCACCGCCUGGUCUCGGAGCGCUUCCCGGCCGCCCGGGCCGCGCGCUUCGCCGAGUGGUGGGCGCACUGCCGGCCGCACCCCUCGGGCCACCAGCUGCACUUCGACAGCGACGACGAGGGCGAGGGGGGCGUGCGGAACCCCUUCGUGUCGUGCGUCAUCUACCUGACGGGCGGUGUGGGCGGACCGACCCUGGUCACCCCGCAGGUCCUGGGCGGCCCGCUGGCCCCGCAUGGCUGGCUGAUUUAUCCGCGCGAGAACCGGCUGGGCAUGUUUGAUGCAACCUACCUGCACGGUGUGCUGCCCGGUCGCGGCCCCAGCCCCCGGCCUGGGGAGUUUCGCAUCACCCUCAUGGUGGCGUUCUGGAGGGACAUCCAGUGCAGGCCCCGCACCGACGGCCUGCCCGGCCCCUCCCAGCCCUUCCCCACCUCCUCCCCCGACUCGCCCCCCUGCCGCUACUCCUGGAUGGCCGACCUGCCGCCCCACCCUGAGGGCCCCGAGGGCUGGGGCCCCACUGCCCCCGUGGACGCGGCGCCCACCUUCAUCGACCGCGUGUGGGAGCGGCUGGACGGGCAGGCGGUGCAGCCAGGGGCAGUGCAGUGCUACGACGAGUGCUUCCAGGGGUUCUGAACCCGCUGCUGGUGAUGGAGGGGGUCGUAGCGGUAUCACCCGCAUGUGGUGCUGGGAACGGACUGAUGGCGUGGGGGUGACAUGACACAUGAACUAGGGCUUUGUGAUUGGGGUGUGCGUCGGGAGGGGGCGCCAUGAGCAUGGAAGAGACUGGUCUGUGGUAGCACUGGAAAGCGGCAACUGGCUUGAGGGGUGGUACGGUACCUGGCAUGUGCGGCAUCUCACGGUGUUGCGCGUUAUUAGUUGUGAGGAGGGCAUUUAAUCACCGCAUUGGGAACCCGGUGCGCUUUGCAGAGUCGUGCUGUCUGUUUGUGCUGUUGGCGCAGCAGAUGUAGGUCACCUG